AUGGCGUCGCCCUUAGCGGCGGCGCUGCUGCUCAUCAUCACCCUUACCUCGGCCCCGGCCGUUGAUGUUGCCGACGGCCAGGCACUGCCGGGCUGCCAGGCUACUUGCGGCGGCGUCAACAUCCCCUACCCUUUCGGCAUUGGCGCCAGGUGCUCUCGCGUGGGGUUCGAGAUCGCGUGCAACGGCAGCACGCCAUUCCUCUCCGGCACCGGCUACAAGGUGCUGAACCUGUCCCUCGCGACGAGCGGGGUUCUGCUGGAGCUGCCGAUUGCCUGGACAUGCUACGACAGGUCCGGCAAGCAGAGCUAUUCAGAAGCCCCUGUCUCCUUCAACCCACAGGGCGUGUACCGCAUCUCGGACGCGCACAACCAGCUCUUCGUCGUCGGCUGCGAUGUCACGGCGUACAUCCAAAGCCGGAUGGACAGCAGAAGCAGCAAUGCCGGCGGCUACGCCUACGAGUACUACACGGGCUGCGUGUCCUACUGCACCAGCGCGGAGAGCGCCAAGGACGGCCGCUGUGCCGGGGUUGGCUGCUGCAGGGUGGACAUCCCGCCGAACCUCAGCGACAACUCCGUCGGCGUGGAUGACGACGACGAGCAGUCCUUGGUCGUCCGCCAGAUGAUCUAUGAGUUCAGCUCAUGCAGCUACGGCUUCCUUGUAGCCAGGAACAGCUACACGUUCCGCCGCGCUGACCUUAAGAUGGACAGGAACCGGACGAUGCCUGUGUGGCUCGACUGGGCGAUCAGGCCGAACGGGUCAUCGGCGUUCACAUGUUCCGACGCCAUGAAGAAGAGUUCAUACUACGAGUGUAAGAGCCAACAUAGUAACUGCACCAAUGCAGCGAAUGGCCCUGGGUAUACAUGCAGCUGCUCCCGUGGCUACGAGGGCAACGCCUACAUCGUCGGUGGAUGCACAGAUGUCGAUGAGUGCUUAUAUCCGGAGAAAAGAAAGCUUAGAGAGUUCUUCAAGAGAAAUGGUGGCCCGAUGUUGGAAAAUAUCAAUAACAUCAAGAUCUUCACUAAGGAGGAGCUGAACCAAAUCACCAAAAAUUAUAGUAUUGUCCUUGGAAAAGGUGGCUUUGGUGAGGUAUAUAUGGGAAUCGUAGACAAUAAGCAACAAGUUGCCGUGAAGCGCUCUAUUUCUGUUGAUGAGGCAAGAAAGAAGGAAUUUGCAAACGAAGUGAUCAUCCAGUCUCGAAUCAGUCACAGAAAUGUUGUCAGACUCUUAGGGUGUUGCUUAGAGGUGGAUGUUCCUAUGUUGGUCUAUGAGUUCGCACCAAAAGGAAGCCUGUAUGAUGUUCUUCAUGGAGCUAAGGAUAAUACAAAAGCUUCUCUCCCAUUAGGGACACGGCUGGACAUUGCUGUGGAGUCAGCUGAAGCUCUUUCCUACAUGCAUUCAUCUGCCACUCAAAAAAUCCUCCACGGAGAUGUGAAAUCAGGCAACAUACUUCUUGAUGAGAACUUCAUGCCAAAGGUAUCUGAUUUUGGGACAUCAAGGUUACUUUCCAUAGAGAAAAAACAUACCAUACUUGUUAUAGGGGAUAUGAAUUACAUAGAUCCUGUGUACAUGAAGACUGGCCGCCUAGACGAGAAGAGUGAUGUCUACAGUUUUGGAGUUGUCCUUCUAGAGCUCAUUACUAGAAAGAAACCAAGGUACGAUGGAAAUAACAGUCUCAUCAUAAACUUCUUCAAAUCAUAUGGCUCGGAGGAUAAAACACGGAAGUUGUUUGAUGAAGAGAUCAUGUCCCCUGAGGAUAUUGAGUUUCUUCAGAAAGUUGGCAGCAUUGCAGUUGCAUGCCUCAAAGAGGAUAUGGAUGACAGGCCCACCAUGAAGCAAGUGGCAGAGCACCUUCAGCUGGUGAGAAGGGAGUGGAAGCAAAUGCAGGGUGAUCAAGUUGUUGAUGAGAUUUCUCUGGAAAGCCCUCGUGUUAUCUUAACCAUGAAUGCUACUGGUACUGAAACUCCUGGGUACUCUCCUCUGCUGAAGUGA